CGACUGUGUGUACAGAUAGCCAGACAGUUAGCUAAAUGGGUUCAGUAGUCAGUCAACUGCAGACACCUGCUCUGUACAUGAACAUGAACAGUCCGCAGGCGCAGUUUGUGCGCGAGACGAUCAGCGCUCACAAGGUGGUGAUCUUCAGCAAGAGCUUCUGCCCCUACUGCAGCAUGGCCAAGGAGCAAUUCCGCAAACUCAAUGUGAAUGCGACGGUCAUCGAGCUGGAUCAGCGUGCCGAUGGCAAUGAGAUCCAGGAAGUGCUCGGCGAGAUGACGGGUGCACGCACUGUGCCGCGCUGCUUCAUCGAUGGCAAGUUCGUGGGAGGCGGCACCGAUGUGAAACGCCUCUACGAUCAGGGCAUACUACAGAAGUACUUCCAGUGAUCUACUGCGAUCCAGUGUUUCAAACAAUUG